AUGAACAUCUUCCGCCUGACAGGAGACCUUUCUCACUUGGGAGCCAUCAUCAUCCUGCUACUGAAGAUAUGGAAAAGCAGGUCGUGUGCAGGUAUCUCUGGAAAGAGUCAAAUCCUCUUUGCCAUUGUGUUCACCACGCGCUAUCUGGACCUGCUCACUUCCUUCAUCUCGCUCUACAACACGUGUAUGAAGGUGAUUUACAUCGGCUGUGCGUACGCCACUGUCUACCUGAUCUACGUCAAGUUCCGGGCCACCUAUGACGGCAAUCACGACAGCUUUAGAGUGGAGUUCCUGGUGGUCCCUGUCGGGGGACUGGCUGUGCUCAUCAACCACGAUUUUUCCCCGCUUGAGAUCCUUUGGACGUUCUCAAUUUACCUGGAGUCAGUGGCCAUCCUCCCGCAGCUCUUCAUGAUCAGCAAGACAGGCGAGGCGGAGACCAUCACCACCCACUACCUGUUCUGUUUGGGCCUGUACCGAGCCCUCUACCUCUUCAACUGGAUUUGGCGCUUCUAUUUCGAGGGCUUCUUCGACAUGAUCGCCAUUGUCGCUGGCGUGGUUCAGACCGUCCUCUACUGCGACUUUUUCUACCUUUACGUCACCAAAGUGUUGAAAGGCAAGAAGCUGAGCCUGCCGGCGUAA